CCCAAGCCGCUUCUCCACUCCCACUUCAUUUUUUUUUUCUAUUCAAGAGGAAGAAGGUGAAGCAUGCGCGCGCUCAGCCGUCCGCCGUGUCCGCGCGCUCGCUAACGGAGACUCGGGAGCUCGUGCAGCGUUCAGCGUCUCUCCGAACAGGAACUUCCCCCGUCUCUCUCUCUCUCUCUCUCUCUCUCUCUCUCUCUCUCUCUCUUCAGGAGAUGAGAUGAUGGACAGUAGGAUGCUCGAGCACCCGCGCGCGCAGUACGGCAUGGCCGGUGUCGGUUUCCCGUACCACCUCAGCCACCACCACCGCCAUGUCUACGACAUCACCGGACACCAGAUGCAGACUGUUGCUCCCUUUUCCAUAGACGGAUUAUUAAACGGCUCCUGCUCGGCCUCCGUAGUCAGCUCGAGUCCUCUGCUCGCGACCGGCUGCGCCGUUAAUGCGGACAGUCACGCGUUCAAACUCACCGACUCUGGAGAUCUGGAUAAAGAGAGUCCCGGCUGUAAACGGAGACGAACCCGGACAAACUUCACCGGCUGGCAGCUUGAAGAGCUGGAGAAAGCGUUUACCGAGAGCCAUUACCCGGACGUGUUCAUGCGCGAGGCGCUCGCGCUCCGCCUGGACCUGGUCGAGUCACGUGUGCAGGUCUGGUUUCAAAAUCGGAGAGCCAAAUGGAGGAAGAAGGAGAACACGAAGAAGGGUCCCGGUCGACCGGCGCACAACUCUCACCCGACCACGUGCAGCGGCGAGCCCAUGGACCCGGAAGAGAUCGCGCGUCGCGAGCUACAGCGCCUCGAGAAGAAGAAACGCAAACAAGAGCGGAAGUUGCUGAAAUCCCAGAACAAGUUCUUGUCUUCUGAGCUGCUCCACACGCCCGGAUCGGACAGCGACGUGUCCCAGAGCACCGACAACGAAUCUGCACAGCGCAGCGUCCCCACGUCCAGCGCGCAUGCGCGUCAAUCCGACCCCGACCCCGACCCCGACGCCGACGCCGACACACACACCCGGAACCUGGCCCUGUGUCCCAGCGCUGAUUUCACACGACCCUCCUCCUUACACAAGCUCAACCCCUUCAGCGUGGAGAGCUUGCUCGCUGACUCCAGUCCCAAACGGAAGCCGGCGCCAUUUUCUUCCGAUUUUCCUCCAGCACCUGUCGUCGGUAAAGGUCACUUCCUGCUGUACCCCAUCACGCAGCCUCUGGGUUUUAUUGUCCCGCAGAAAAACACUGACUCCACACACACUCUGACUGCAGACAACACACACUGCACCGAGGCUAAAAGACCAAAAAGUGAGCAGCUUUCACCUGCAGCGCAUCACACACACAGCGCACCCUGCGAGCAGGAGGAGCAAUCGCAGGCAGGAGGAGAGAGAGAAGAAGAAGUGAAAGUGUAAGAAGCUCUUCCUCACAAGAGCUUUCUGCAUUCUCCAUUUUUAUAGCCGAACACACACUCUGAACUCCUUUUUAAACAAAAUCCUCAACACGGAUAUCCUUCAUUCAUUCAGAUGGAUGGAUUAUUAUUAUUAUUAUUAUUCAUAUUAAUAUUAUUAUUAUUUGUUUUUGUUAUUAGCAUUGGAUAAAACAUGAGCUUCACGCCUUUCCAGAACAACAUGGAAUCCUCAGAAAUGAUAAAUUAUCAAAUAUAUUUAUAUAUGUAACAUUUUUCAUAAAUAAUAAAAACGAAUUCUGAAAA